UUGAUCCCAUCCCCCAAGGUCGAAAUCCUUAUCACAACCAACCACGCGAUCACGCCACCAGCUCACGGGGGAAUAUGAUACGCGACCAUAGCAUCGUCAAUCAUCCACAUAGAUAACCUUAGUUCUUCCAUCCUCCCCUCCUCCUCUCCUGUCGCGUAUCGAAGUAAUGAGAAGAAGAGGGUUCUGAUCAUCUCGCCAUUGUCGAACUACGUAUGUACUAACCCCACGCUCGUGUUGACGCUUUGAGUAACUGCCUCAUUGUGAUAACGCGUUACUAUCAUGAGUCGAGUAUACUGGGGAUCUGAAAAGACGACAGGAGAGAGCGCGAGAGAAGGGGAGGUAAGUUUCGCGUGGAAGGUAGGGAGGUGCUUGAUAACGAUCUGACGACUUUUCUGGUUUACGCCUUUGUGGAUGUAGUGUUUUGUAUUGAGAUGUUGGAUAGCCUCACUCGUGGCAUGGUGUGGUAUGAUGUGAGAAUCCAAUGUCCCAAAGGAUAUCUGGAUAUUCAUCGUUCCCUCGAGAUAUCAUACUCGCAGGAAGCCUGACAUCAACACUCUGCGAAUUCCUUGAGGAGAAUCCUCACAUCGACAUCCAAACCAUCAGAACGAAGAAAAAAGUAAGGGAAAAAAAGAUCAAAGUUCUAGAAGUCAUCUACAUCGUCAUCUACUCGGUAGAUGCUUUGCUUAUAGAUAGCAGAUCAAUUACUGGGGCCUGGAAACACAUCUCCGCCUGUUCUCCUCGCACAGCACCGCUUCCCACUGGCGUUGGCGCAAGUCCAUCCUGGAAGGACAUCGCCGGCCAGCGGGAUCUCGAAAGUGUGGCUACGAACCACUCGGUUGGACGACGAGGCCCUCGUGCAGCGAACUUGCAUGAAACCAUACUGUGUACAUCAAUAGAUACCUACAAGGUAACAUAUGUUCAUACAUGGAUAGAUAGGCUACCCUACAGAUCUCCCGACGACAACAUGUGGGAUGUCAACCCAUUCAACCCCAGCCCCAGAUCCCCCAUCGGAGACCACCGCCUUGCCGUGAUUCGUCGACUCUCCCAUCUCGGACCAAUCACAUCACAGGAAAGCAUAUCAUCUCUCCCUUAUCUCUGCGACCUCUACGUUAAGCUUUUAGCUGAUAUAAAACCCCCAAUAAUAAUUCACCCCUACACUGUGUACUCUUGUGCAUAUGCGGUUUGCGGAUGCGGAUGACGGGAGAGGGAAAUCAAUAGCGAAUUCGCAAGGCGUCCUCCGGCGACGGCGGCGGAUAGCGACAAUGCUGCGUAUCUAUCUCUGCGAAAAAGGCCUCUCAUCGGGCAUCUCCAUACACAAUUGUGUGUGUUGUUGCCUCGUGGCGUCUGCGAUCUCGGCAUU